AUGGCGGACAAGGCGAAGCGUCAUGACCGAGACUCUGGAGGUUCUAACUGUGAUUCUUCAGAAGAUAGCCGUAAUAAUGAUCAGAAGCAGGCCAGGAAGAAGAAAAAAAAAUAUAAAACCAGAUACUCCAAGGAGUGGGAGAAGACGUAUCCAUUCCUCAAGGUUUUUCCUACGUCCGUUUCCGAAAAGGAGUACAAGUUCCACUGCAGUUGUUGCAAUUCAAAUCUCUCGUGUGUGCAAGGAGGCAUGAAUGAUGUUGCCAAACACGCAAGUAAAGAUUGAUUUCUAAAGAUUUGAAUUUGCUCGAAGCCUUCAAUUUGUUUAACUUAUGUCCAAAAUAGUGACAUUUGAUUUGUUUCAUCAUGGCUUUUAGGUACCCCAAAGCAUAAAGUGAAUGAGAAAGCAGCAACGAAUAGUUCAUUACGCAGGUUUUUGCGUAAACUGGCUGAGGAGGAUCCGACAACUGUUCAUCCAUCAAUACAAGCGGAGGUUAAAAUGACCAUGAUGAUCGUUCAUCACAAUACAUUUUUCAAUUUAUCAGACCAUCUGACACAAAUUGUUAAAUCUGAAUUCCAAGGUAGUGCUGCAGCUCAAAAUUUUGCUUGUGGACGUACUAAGACUUCUGCCAUUAUUAACUGCCUUGGAGACGAAUUUAAGGCGGAAUUGGUAGAUGAUAUGAAGAAGUUUCCAUUCAGUUUUAUGAUUGAUGGAAGUAAUGACACUGGAAUAGCAAAAAUGCAUGCCGUCACAGUCCGCAUUUAUGAUGUGAACUUCAACAGAGUAAUGACAAAGUUGUUGGACAUGAACCUCAUUGAAGGAAGUACAAGUGGAACAGCUGCGACUAUCUUUCAACAUGUUAAUGCUCUUUUCCAGAAAUAUGAAAUUUCUGGGAAUUCCGUAGCAGGACUGGGAGUUGACAACACCAAUGUUAACAUUGGUGCACGUGACUCCAUUAAAAGUCGGGUGCUGGCAAAACAGCCCAACGUUGUUGUUGCAGGCUGUCCAUGUCAUAUGUUGCACAAUACGGCGGCAAAAGGUGCCACUGCAUUUGCAGAUGCUACUGGUUUUGACUUGGAAGAUCAUUGUGUUGACUUAUUUUAUUGGUUUGAUAAAUCAACUAAGAGGAAAGGAAUUUUGAAGCAGUAUUGUAUGUUUUGUGAUACUAAGUAUGGGGCGGUGGUAAAGUACGUUUCUGUUAGAUGGCUUUGUCUAGAGCGUUGCUUGGAUCGAGAAUUAAAGAAAUACCAUGCCCUGAAGUCAUACUUUCUGUCACAACAUGAAAGUGAUAAUCGAUUUAAACGCCUGAAUGAAUUGUUCCAGCGCCCCAUGAGCGAAAUAUAUCUCAUGUUUUUUCAAUCAGCAAUUGCGUUGCUAACCAAUUUCAACAGGUUUUUGCAAAGGGAAGAUCCUCUCAUAUACUUGAUGCAUACACAGAUGGAAACUUUCCUAAAAAAGUUGGCUGUUAAAUUCAUAAGACCAGAGAAAGUCAUGGAGCACAAAGAAAAGUUUGGAACUUUCAAGGGUUUGAACAUUAGUUUGGAGAAUCAGAGAGCAGAU